AGUGCGCUCGCAGUCUGUCGCGAAGCCAGAGGGUUUGCUUGAACGUUCCAAAAAGUGGAUGUUUAGGAGACUUCUACAGAACGGCGUGGAGUCAACGUCCUAUCGCUUCGCUGCACAUAUGGAAGGAGAUGAAUAACUGUAUAUUAAGAUGUAAACCGUAUUAUAAUAAGAUACCAUCUGACUGCUGUGUCCGUGGGAAUUACUUCGUAAUUGGGGGAUCAUCAUAUUCAUUCGGGUUUAUUUUGCUCAGGAAUUCCUGAUCUGUUCUUGCUCUUGACAUUAUAUCCACGGCAGAUAGUUUUUUUAACCAUGUCUUUUAUAAUUAAUUUGGCAAUCUGCUAAACUUUGGGGAGAGCGUACAAUAUUCUGUCAGUCGAUCACUUUGGAUACUGCGAGUUAUGUUGCCAAGAUGUUACAAGAGACCAAUGUUUCGUCCUUUUUUCUGGAAACAAUCUUAACGCUCUUAUUGCAAACAAAUGUAAAAGUACAAUGAUACAUUUAUACUGAAACCAAGGGAUUAUACACAGAAGGACGGAGGAGAAUGGCUUCGAAGGAGAGGUUGAAUGAGCUGUGGAUUUUAUAUUACACUAAGAAAGAUGAGGGCUGCCUGCAGCAGUGGCUGGAAGCGUUUGUGGCUUCCUUUGAGAAGCUUGUUGAUGUGCAGUCACUGGAUCCUCGCAGGCUGGAGGACUAUAUUGCGGAGGUUCCUCUCGUACCCAGGGACGUACUGGUGUUCUUCAGUGACCAGCUAUCGCACAGUGCCAUUCACCUCUCUGGGGCCGACAGUAACAACAGCACCCUCACCCUGCACCCCCUGCUGCUUAUCAAGUUCUUCAUUAUCGUCUGCAGGAAUAUGGAAAACCUUGACCCAGAGAAGACACCAGGCUAUGUCUUCGAGACCAUUAAACUGUUAAACUUCUGCUUGACUCAGCUGAAGAAGCAGCCUGCGGAUCAGUCGUCCCUCCAGACAGUGAUCCAGACAGUGAUUCAGUAUGGCCUAAUGCUGUUGGAGAGUCUCUUUGACCCUUAUAAUACAUGGAGGAGACGCCUGGCAGGGGAGGAGGUGAGCAUGGCGGAGAGGAGCAAGUAUAAGUUCUCCCCUCUUCCUUUACCAGAGGAGCUGCCUGCUCUAUUCCAUGACAGCCUGCAGGACAGCCGGCAGAUCCCAGAGGUCCUCACUCUCCGAUUGGUCCAUCUCCAAGGGGCGGUCAUAAGUGGCAGCAAGAAGAAUGGCCUGCUCUCCAUCACCCUGCAGUCUGUGGAGGACCUUCUUUCUGUACUCCGAGCCUGGUGCCUCCGGACCUCCUCUAACCCCAAGGACCCCACGCUGCUACGGCUGACCCUGCAGUGCCUGACUGCAAUGGUGCAUAUCCUCCACUCCAGUAGUCCUGCAGAGCGCCGGCUGGAGAUCAGGACCGUGUUGGAUGGCUACUUCCAGGUCCUGAACUGGAACCGGCCUCCAGGGUUAGGGAACGAGCAGGGGGACGGGCAGAGCUGGGAGGAACACCUCAUCACUCUCCAGAGUCACAUGCUGACUUCGGUGCCUGAGAUCCUGCAGUGUUCAGACAGGCCGGUGCUGCAGGCCAUCUUCCUCAACAACAACUGCUUCGAACACAUCCUCCGACUCAUCCAGAACAGCAAGCUCUAUCACAGUAAGAGGUGUAGGUCGGAGCGUGAUGGGGUGUGUGACCUCAACACACGUUUGCUCACGGACACAGAGGUGGAAGUGGACCAGGUUUUGGAGAAAGGUUCCGACUGCAUCACAGUCCAUGCCCUCGGAGUCCUCACAUCCAUCAUGAGUAACUCCCCUUCUGCCAAGGAAGUUUUCAAGGAGAGGAUUGGCUACUCCCAGCUGUUUGACGUGCUGAAGAGUCAGGGUCAGCCCACUAAACGCCUGCUGCAGGAACUCAUGAACAUGGCGGUGGAAGGGGAACACGCCCAUGCCCAUCACCUGGGUAUCAGUAACGACCAGCCCCUCCUCCUCCUCCUACAGUGGCUGCCUGACCUGGCCCCCCAGAGGGACCUUCAGCUCCUGGUAGCCCAGUGGCUGGCUGCGGUCUGCGGGGGCUCCCUGUCCUGCCGUACGGUGGCUGUGGAGGCCGGCCUGGUGGGGGCUGUGCUCCAUGUCCUCUCCCAGCCACAGAGACUGGACCGCCAGUGUGCCGACGGCCUCCUGGGGAUGCUACAGGACAUGGGGUCUCUCUGUCUGAGGCCUGCUGAGCUGAAGUCUCUGUUGAGGCUUCUCCGACCCCUCGACCAGGGGCAGGACGUGUUGGCAGGGAAGCGGACGGGGACACACCCUUACUGCGCCCGCAUCAUCCGGGUGUUGGCGGCAAUGGCGGCCAGGGAGGGGAAGAACAGCGCCCUGCAGUAUUUUGACCUGACCCAUCCCCUGGCAGGGAUCAUGGUGCCCACGGUCCAGCGCUGGCCAGGCAGUGGGUUUUCCUUCCACGCCUGGCUCUGUCUCAACAUGGACUUCCCACAAUACCUCUCAGAGUUCUCCACGCCCAGCACCCGCUCGUCUGCUGGGGCACCAGGGGCGGCGACCCGGGGUAUGGGCAAAGGCCCCCGCAGGAAACAGCUGUACAGCCUGUUGACAGCCGGUGGUACAGGUUUAGAGGCUUUCUUCACCAUGGAGGGAGUGUUGGUGGUGGCUGUCUGCACUAAGAAGGACUACAUGGUCGUGUCCCUGCCAGAACACCCUCUAACAGACUGCUGCUGGCACUCUGUGGGUAUAGUCCAUAUUCCCGGCCGCCGUCCCUUCGGUCAGAAUCUGGUCACCGUCUACAUCGAUGGAGAACAGCGCAAGACAGCCCAGCUCCGAUUCCCCUCGCUCAAUGAGCCUUUCACCUCCUGUUGUAUUGGCUCAGCAGGCCACCGUACCACCACCACCACCACCUCCCCCACCCUGCCUCCCCCCUCCUUCCACCCGGCAGAGAUGGCCUUCCCCGCCCGCCCCCCCAUCACCCGCUCCCAGUCCUUCCCAGCCUCCUUUGCGGCGGGCCGCUGGGGGUCUGGGCCCUUGCGUGACGCUCCCGUCCACACCAUCCCCGCCGGGCUGCAGGACACAGAGUGGGGCACGCCCACCUCACUGGAUGGGCUCCUGGGGACCGCCUUCAUCUGUCAUGAGGCCCUGCAGCCAGCGCACACCAAGGCCCUAUACACUGCUGGCCCCAACCAUGUGUCCCUGUUCAAGGCAGAUGGAGAGCUGUCGGACCUCAACAGUAAACUGCUUCUCUACUACACUCCUCAGGCCUUCAAGAGUCAGAUCUGUGUGGACCUGUCUCCUAACCACCAGUAUGAUGGCAGACUGACAGGCCACAGGGUGGUGAACUGGGACAUCAAGGAUGUGUUGAACACAGUGGGGGGAAUGGGGGUUCUACUGCCCCUCCUGGAACAGGUGUGUGAGGCAGAGCAGGUGGAGGGAGGAGGUCAGGAGACGUCAGACCUGCUGGGACCAGAACUAACCUGUAGCUCCUCCCGGGGGCCUGUCGGCAUGCUGCUGCCACUGGGCAAGUCCUCCGAUGGUCGGCUGGAGAGGAACAGUGUAGCAGCCUUCCUGCUGAUGGUGAAGAAUCUGAUUCGUCAUCACCCUGUCAACCAGGAGAGUCUACUGAACUGCCACGGACCCAGCAUUAUAGGAGCCAUGCUCACUAAGGUCCCAGGUAGUAUGAUGGAUAUGUCUGUUCUGAUGGCGUGUCAGUUCCUGUUGGAGCAGGUAUCCAGUGAGGAGAACAGUCCGUUGCUCCUGCAGCUCUACCAACACCUGCUAUUUGACUUCCGCAUCUGGAGCAGCAGCCACUUCGCUGUGUGUCUGGGCCAUGUCCAGUACCUCCUAUUGAUUACCGUGUCGUCGGUGAUCAAGGACGGGAAGCAGCGCAUGAGGAAGAAAUAUGGAGUGCAGUACAUCCUGGAUACCAUACGGACACACUACAGUGUGGAGAAAGAUGGCAGUCCUCUGUCUGAUGAAAAGCAGACUGUUCAGAUCUCUCUGUUCUCUCUGCUGAGAGACUUCCUCCUCAAGUGUCCUACUCCUGAAGAGCUCCACAGCAUCUUGGCCUACACACUGGCUAUAGGAGAGGAGCAGCAGGUGGUGAGUGCAUUAGAUGUGGUUUACAGUCUGUUGAGGAGCAGCCCUCCCAGAGAGCAGGUCCAGGCUGUACUGUUGGAGUGGGGAGUAGAACAGCUCUACUGUCUGCUGCUCAAACCCAGCUUUGGAGACGAGGUCAGGGAGAGAGUCUUCAGGGUUCUGUACAAGAUCCUGAAGAGUGAACGAGUGUCUGAGCGCGCCAAGCAACGUGUCAAGUUGAAGGAUUUUGGAUACCUGGGUCUUGUCUGUUUCCUAGGAGACGUCCCCGUAACCAUGACCACCGUGCGCUGUCUGUAUGAGCAGGUGCUCGCUACAGAUGCCACUCCUAACUUCAGAGACCUGCUGGCUGUGGUCCAUCUGUCCCACCGUGCUGAGCUCACUGUCCGUCUGGACGUCUGUCGCAAGCUCUUCUACCUGAUCUAUGACAAUGAGGACUAUGUUCGUCAGCUGGCCCGUCAGCCAGGCUGGCAGGAUGUGUUAACUAAGCUCUAUAUGAAGGAGUCCUAUGAGUCUCGUGGUCCCUCCCUGGCAGGCUCCAGCACCCACAGCUCCCUGGACCCCUCCUCCUCCCGCCCCCCUCUCAGGAGAGAUCACAGCAUGGUCAUAGAGGACUCUCAGGACGCUCACACAGACGUCUUCCUCCCUUACACCUCGCGGGACGAGGAAGAGGAGGAGGAGGGAGACGGCGAGGGCCUGGGAGGGAGGAAUAUCUCAGAGGGUUUCUCCGACCUCUCUCGGUCUUCCCCUAACAGCAGUGGAGGCACUUUGAAGGACUUUGCCGACUCUCUCCAAUUUAAGUCGUUUGACUCGGUAGAGCAGGGGAGCCGCUCGUCCUCCCUGUCCAACACCAUGGACAUCCCCUCCACCCGGCCCCAAGAGGAGGCUCUCUACCACCCUCUGUCCCCCUUCGGCACCUCGCCCUUUGAGCUGGAGCUGGGGGGUAUGAGGGGUGAGACGGGGACAUGGAACCAGAACCCUGUGGGGGGUAGUCAGGCAGGCACCCCCUCGCCCCUGGAGCACAGCCGGUCGUUCCCCUCUCUGAGACCCAGGAAGAGCUCCAGUCUGUCCAACGUGCUGGACGACUCCAACUAUGGAACUGACCCCCGGGCAGCUGACACCAUCUCCAACACCUCCAACCCACAGACGCCAGAGGAGGAGCUGUGUAACCUGCUGACUAACAUCGUGUUCUCUGUGCUGUGGUGCGGCAGCGUCGGAGGGGGGGAGGACGCCGUGUGGAGGGAGAGGGGACAGGUCUUCUCUGUCCUCACCAAGCUGGGCUCCUCCUGCCAACUGGUUCGCCCGCCUGACGAUAUCAAAUGCAGUCUGUUAGAGAUGAUGCUGGAGUCUUCUCUGUCAGACCUGAGGGACUCUCAGGGUGUCUCUCUACCAUACUUCCCCAGUCUGCUGCGUCUCCUCAGGCUGCUCCAGGACUUCCUCUUCUCAGAGGGAACAGACAACCAGGCUCUGUGGAGCGAGAAGAUCUUUGAGGGGGUGGUGAACCUCCUGGACAGACUACAGGCAUGGCACAGUACCCCUGGUACCCCCGGAGCUCUGGAGCUCAGAGAGAUGGCUCAGAUCGGCCUGCGCAUCAUCACCGGCUACGUCCAGCAACAGGACUCACAGGUCAGUCACCUAUGUUACGCUACGCCCACCUCCCUCGCCGACCCCAACGGAGGACACACGGAGACCUUUUCCCAGCUGGUGCCCAUCGUGCGUACCCUCCUGGACCAACACGCUGACCCCGUGACCCUGCACGGCCUGCUGCCCAGCCUGCCAGUCACCAACGGCAGCCCCACCUUCGCCCAGGACCUCCAGAGCUACAGCCACACAGUGGAGUGGCUGGACUUCUACCAACGCCACGUGCAGCCCACCAUGGAGCAGUAUGAACUGGAUCAGUUUGGGAAGAGUCAUGACCUCAUGUCUAACUUCUGGAACUCAUGCUUUGAUGACCUGAUGAGCAGCCAUACAGAGGACAAAGAGAGGACCUACAGCAAAGACAAGUUCCAGGAGGUGAUAGUGGACCCGUACCUGAGGCGGGUACGCAGUGAAAACAGCCGUUACCACAGUGGUCAGAAACAGAGCUCCGGCCAGCAGGGAGUUGUGUGGCGCCACUGGAAGUCCCUCCGCAGGCUGCUCACCAGCGAGAGAGAGGCCUGGGCACACAGAGUCCCACUAGAGGUGAAAUGGAAGUUGUCCAGUGCAGAGACGUAUUCCAAGAUGCGUCUGAAACUAGUGCCUAACUACCAGUACGACACUCACCAGGAAGCCAGCGCCUUCAGAGACAAUAUGGGAGCUGAUAGUCCUCGCAGCUCAGAACCCCUCCCAUUGGCUGUUGCCAAGGAGGCCAAAGUGAGUGACAUGGAGGAUGACCAGUUAGGAGAAGAGGACAUUGUCUUUCUGGACAAUAAGGGGGAGGACGACAGUCAGAAGGAGAAGCUGGUUCUGUCGGAGGACUGUGAGCUCAUCACCAUCGUGGCGGUGGUUCGUCGGCUGGAGGUCACCACACAUCACCUGUACUUCUACGACGCCAGCAGCGAGAAGGAGGAGACGGAAGAGGGAAUUGGUUUUGAUUUCAAGCGGCCCUUGUCUCAGCUGAGAGAGGUGCACCUGAGACGCUACAACCUGCGUCGCUCUGCUGUGGAGCUGUUCUUCAUCGACCAGUCACACUACUUCAUCAACUUCAAGAAGAAGGUGAGGAACAUGGUGUACUCUAGGAUCCUGGGGCUGCGCCCCAACCUCUUCUAUUUUGGCUCCCGCUCUCCUCAGGAGCUCCUCAAGGCUUCUGGCCUACACAGAUGGGUAUGCAGAGAGAUUUCCAACUUUGAAUAUCUGAUGCAACUGAACACCAUCUCUGGACGUACCUACAACGACCUGUCUCAGUACCCUGUGUUCCCAUGGGUGUUGAGUGACUACACCUCUCCAGAUCUGGACCUGGAGAACCCAGCCGUGUUCAGAGACCUGUCCAAACCCAUCGGAGUAGUCAACCCCCGCCACGCACAGAACGUCAGGGAGAAGUAUGAGAGCUUUGAGGACUCAACGGGCACGAUAGACAAGUUCCACUAUGGAACACACUACUCUAACGCUGCAGGAGUCAUGCACUACAUGAUCCGUAUGGAGCCCUUCACCACCCUCCACAUCCAGCUGCAGGACGGCAGGUUUGACUGUGCAGACCGUCAGUUCCACUCUGUAGCAGCAGCCUGGCAGGCUCGCAUGGAGAGUCCCGCGGACGUCAAAGAGCUCAUCCCUGAGUUCUUCUACUUUCCAGAGUUCGCGAAAAUCACGGAUUGACUGUCUCUGUGUGUGUUUACUGCAGGGUUUGACCUGGGCAGUCUGCAGAUGACCCAGAACAAUGUGACUGAUGUUCUGUUACCACAAUGGGCCUUGUCUAGAGAAGACUUCAUCAGGAAACACAGGAAAGCUCUGGAGUGUGAGCACGUUUCCUCUCACCUCCAUGAGUGGAUUGACCUGAUCUUUGGCUGCAAGCAGAGAGGGGAGGAGGCGGUGAAGGCCCUCAAUGUCUUCUACUACUGCACCUAUGAAGGUGCGGUGGAUCUGGACGCCAUAGCCAAUGAGACGGAGCGCAAGGCCCUGGAGGGCAUCAUCAGUAACUUUGGACAGACGCCCUGUCAACUACUCAAGGAGCCACACCCUCCUCGUAUGUCAUCAGAGAAUGCCUCUAGGAGGCAGGCCCGCAUGGACACUCUACCCCCCAACCUGUUUGAACAGCUCGACAAACUACGCCCUUUUAAGGAGGUGGUGUGUGAUGGGCAACCUCUGGUCCAGGCGGUGGUUCCCAGGAACCAGAACCGCUCCUUUAUCAUCCAGGGCUCUGACGUACUGGUGACAGUGAGUUCUAACGGUCUGAUUGGGACCCACAGCUGGCUGCCUUACGAUAAGAGCAUCGCCAACUACUUCACCUUCACCAAGGACCCCACCGUGGCCAAUCCCAAAACCCAGCGGUUCCUCAGCGGUCUCUUCGCCCCAGGGGUAGAUCUCAGUACCCAGGUGUUGGUGGUGUCCAACGAUGGUCGUCUGCUGUUCAGCGGAGGACACUGGGACUGCAGCCUCCGAGUCACCCAGCUGGGAAAGGGCAAACUGGUGGGCAGGAUCUGCCGACACAUCGAUGUGGUGACAUGUCUGGCUCUGGACCUCUGUGGUAUCUACCUCAUAUCUGGUUCCAGAGACACAUCCUGUAUCGUGUGGCAGGUUCUACAGCAGGGUGAGUUCUCCAGUGGUCUCUCUCCUCGUCCAGUGCAGGUCCUCUGUGGACACGACCAGGAGGUCACCUGUGUGGCCAUCAGCACCGAGCUGGACAUGGCUGUCUCUGGGUCAAAGGAUGGUACUCUGAUAAUCCACAGUGUACGUCGUGGCCAGUUUCUCCGUACCCUGCGUCCGCCCGGUGAGAGCUGCCUGCCUGCCCGGGUCACUGGGUUGCAGGUGGGCAUGGAGGGCCACAUCGUGGCACAGACUGCCCUGGAGGGACACACUGCUGGAAAGGAGAAGUACUCCCUCCAUGUUUACUCUGUGAACGGCUGUCUGCUGUCGUCUGUCAGCCUGGAGGAAGAGGUGACAGCUCUCUACCUGGUCCCUGAGUACAUCAUCCUGGGAACCCAGCAGGGAAACUUACACAUCAGAGACCUGUACAGUCUGGCGCUGGCGGUGGCUCUGCCGUUGAAGGUGGCUGUGAGGAGUGUGUCGGUGACCAGAGAGAGUAGCCACAUCCUGGUGGGCCUGCAGGAUGGAAAGCUCAUCGUGGUGGGGGCUGGGAAACCACAGGAGGUACGUUCGGGUCAGUUUUCCCGUCGGCUGUGGGGCUCAACGCGCCGAAUCUCUCAGGUUUCCUCAGGAGAGACAGAAUACAACCCCACUGAGACUUCUGGGAAGUGAGGGUCGCCAUGAAAACAUAUGAAGGCAAUAUUAUCGUAGCCGAGGCUUGGUUAUUGGUUGAUGGCCGACACCCAAAUGGCAUCCUAUUCCUAUAUAGUGCCUAUUGGGUUCUUGUCAAGUACAGCAGACCUUUUUCUACCCACCAGCAGUGGAUUUGCUGGGUCAGAAUGAAGGGAGUAGAGACCCUGGAUGUUGGCGUCAGAAAGCCCACCCAGAACUUUACUGGACUGAUUGACUGUUAAACGGCCUCUCCAACCUCUAUGGGUCCAAACCUCUAUGGGUCCAAACCUCUAUGGGUCCAAACCUCUAUGGGUCCAAACCUCUAUGGGUCCAAACCUCUGAGCUCUCCGAGAGAGACACGAUAAACCAAGGCUUUUUUUUCUACAAAAGGGAAAAUAAAAUAUUUUUUGAUUUAGGUGGUUUUAUACUCUAUUUUUAAAAAGGCAUCAUUCCAAAGAUUACUCGUGUUUUGUAGACAAGAGAGGAGACUCUGUUAUGUGGCUUCCGACCCCUUUUACUGGGUUGUUCCAAGGCCAGUUGUGUGGCAAUGGCACCUUGUCUAAAAUUCCUUGAAACUUGAGAACUAUAAAGUUGCAAGAGAUUUCCAUGGUGAAGUACCAGUGUCUACCACUAGAGGGUGGGAUUUCUCUCUCUACAUGUGUGCAGUCCUGCUGAAAAUAAAAUGCAAUAACCCGUUUGGAGUGGUCCAGACAGUAUGUGCGGUUUGUAUUGUCAGAUUGUCACAUGAUGGAUGGUGAUGUUCACAACAAAUGAAUCACUGUUGCCUUAAAUAGGAGAGAAGAGAUGUUUUAUGACAUGUACGGUAUAUAGCAUCUGUAUGUGCAGCUCACAUUACUGGUUUAGAUGAUUGGUUUGAUUGGUCUUGUGUGUUACUGAUGUGUUGCAUUAAUUGAUGACUCAUUUAGUUUGUCGGUGGUCUUCAUCUUCACUCCUUACACAGAUACUAUUUUCCAGCAGAGAAUACCUCCUUCCUUGUUAUUGUUUCAAACUUGUUGUAACUGAAAAGUGCCUGUCAUCUUUUCCUCCAGCACUGAUUGGCACGAGAAUAUCCCCUCCUUCUUUUCUCAGUCUCUCAUCUGCCUGCCGUCUUUCCCUCCCUCCUCCUGCUCUGUCCAUCACUUUUACUUCUGUAGCAGCCCGGUGUUUUACAGUCUUCGUAAGGACCUGCGUGUCCUCGGCAACCAAAUCUGCAUCACAUGUAACUAACCGUCAUAUUGUUGGUAAACUGCUAGACAGACAGCUGUUAAAGUGUCCUCGUCCAUCAGGGCUAUUUAACCUUUUAUACUGCUAUUAUCUUGUUAUUUUCUGAAGCACUGAGUUGAACCCUUUUGAACUAGAGAUGGCUUGUGUCCCAAAUGGCACCCUUUCCCCUAUUAUAGUGCACUACUUUUGCUCAGGGCUCCGGUCCAAAGCACUGCACUAUAUAGGGAAUAGGGUGCGAUUUGAGACGCAGUCGUGGUGUCUGUAGAACACAUGGGUGGAAAGAUAGACUUGGGCUCCCAACGAGCCAGUAGAGGAAUGUACUUCCUGUGAAAACCCCCCUUUUUUUGCGGUUGGGUUGGAGAGAGACUAUUGUUAUGCACUGUCAUGUUGGGAUGGGAGAGACGCAAAGGAAGCGUCCCAAAUAGCACCAUGUGUAGUGCACUACUUUUGACCAGGGCCCCAUAUAUGGUGGCAUUUGGGACUCAGUCACAAAGACAAAAGGGAACUGUUGAGGAAAUGCAAUGGCAACAAAAUCGCAUCUACCAGCUAACGUCUCUACUAACAGACUGUCAUCUGUGAUUGGAUGGAGAGUGAAUUUUUGAGAAAAAGAGAGAAUAUUGCUGUAAUCUUUUCCACCAUUCCGGCUCUCUCAGUAGCACUCGAGCCUGGGAACGAGGUUAAUAUUACUGUAACUUUGAUGGUUGUUUUACUGUGUCGCUAUGCUAUGUGUUUAAAAGGUCAAGGGUCACAAUAUAUGGUAAUGCAUUAUUACAUGUCUAUGUUAAUGAUCUGGCUGUGAUGUUGACAGAACUUCUGGGUUUUAUUGAAAAGGUGUGCCUGAAAUGCCUGCAGAAAUUA